AACUCGAUCACGUGACGUCGGACUGACUCCGCGUCCCGUUCCACCUUCCAUUCCACCUGUAUUUCACACUUCCCUUGCGAGUACUGGUCGCAAUUUUCCGCUAAAGAAAAGCACCGGCAGCAUUCUUGGCUUCCCAUCCAUCAAGAUAGGGUCCUCGGGGGAGCGGAUUGGGCACCUGCCCAGAUUAGACUCGUUCUUGGCGGCUAUGAGCCUAUGAUGAAAUUUUUUAGUCUUCCCUAUUGCCUUCUUCCUUAAUCCGCUUCUCCCUUUCUGCCUUUCUGGCCACCGACCCAAACCACGCGGCUUACUCUUGUUGAAUCCAUCUCAAGGGUGGAGGAAAGAUAGAAUCUUCGGCGCCGAGUCUUGGAGGACCAACUCGUUCGUCGAGAAAAUCCAGCGGGUUUUCGGUGCUUCUUAGGGUUGUGUUCUUGCAAAGUUGCUCUCAGGCAUGGGGACUUGUCGGAGGAGAGUCCCAGCGGCGUGUUUCUUGUUCUGGUUCUUGAUGGGGUUUCAGCUGUGCGCAUCUCUCAAUCACGAAGGUGCUGCUCUGCUGAAGUUUAAGGAGGCGGUCGAUGCGGACCCGUAUGAUGCUCUCAAGAGUUGGGAUGGAGUGAGUAUGAGCCCUUGUUCUUGGUUCGGUGUGGAGUGCUCUGAUGAUGGACGAGUCAUGACCUUGAACUUAGCAAAUCUUGGUCUAAAGGGUGUUUUACCUCCAGAGAUGGGAAAGCUUAUGCAUAUGAAAUCACUCCUUCUGCGCAACAACUCGUUCUAUGGAAUCAUACCUAUAGAAAUAGGAGACCUACGUGAUAUAAAGAUGUUGGAUCUGGGAUAUAAUAAUUUCAGUGGACCAGUUCCAUCAGAGUUGCAAAACAUUGUAUCCCUAGAAUUUCUGUUUCUUAAAGGCAACAGAUUUUCUGGGGGUUUGUCAGUUGGAUUACAUGAGCUUGCAAGAAUAUCUGAAACUCAAGAUAUAAAUUGGUUAAAUAGGGUACCCACUGCAAGGUUUGCUACAAUGAGAUUCCGAAGGCUGUUAGUGAGCAAACAAAAAGAUUCUGAGCAUCCAGGAAGAUUGUCUCCACUGGCACCAUCUCCUUCUGAACCCAUUUCACCCUCUCCUGCAUCACCCCCCAUAGAGCAUACCCCAAGCCAAGAGAACAAGAACAACCAUUCUCCAACAAUAUAUGCAUCGAUUGGAGCAGCAGCUGGUUUUUUGGUGGUAGCCUUAUCAGCUGUAUGCUUCUUUUACUACUCCCGCAGGAAGACUAGCACUGUUGUACCCUUGUUUGCAGCCACUUCAAGCAGGCAAUUACAGAUAACUGCCAUGGAAGGGAUAACUUUAUUCAGACGGUCCGAACUUGAAACAGCCUGUGAAGGUUUUAGCAACAUAAUUGGCACGCUACCUAGAUUUACACUGUAUAAAGGAACUCUCUCAUGUGGAGCGGAAAUAGCUGUGGUGUCUACAACGGUGGCUUGUGCAGGAAGUUGGUCCGCUAUAGCUGAAACACGUUACAUGAAUAAGGUUGAAGCCUUAUCAAAGGUAAACCAUAAGAAUCUUAUGAACCUUGUGGGUUACUGUGAAGAUGAAAAACCAUUUGUCCGGAUGAUGGUGUUCGAGUAUGUUUCAAAUGGAUCACUGUUCGAGCGCUUGCAUGUUAAAGAAGCCGAGCACUUGGAUUGGCAGUCACGCCUACGGAUAGUUAUGGGAGUAGUGUACUGUCUGGGCUACAGGCAUCAGCAGAACGCUCCUGUAACUCUAAGGAAUCUAAACAGUUCAUGCAUAUACUUGACUGAAGACAAUGCCGCAAAGGUUUCAGACAUCAGCUUUGGCGUUGGCAAGAAAGAAGAUGAAGAUGAAGAUGAUGCUCCUGAUGAGUACAACACAGUGUAUAAGUUCGCUCUGCUACUGCUUGAGACGAUCUCUGGAAGGCGUCCAUAUUCUGAAGAUGACGGCCUCCUUGUUCUAUGGGCACACAGAUAUCUUAAUGGUGUUAGCCCCGUGAUGGGUAUGGUCGACCCAACGCUAAAUUCAGUCCCGGAAGAGCAUGUCAGAGCAUUCUCAGAGCUAAUUCGUUUAUGCAUAAGCGAGGACCGAAGGCAGAGGCCGACAAUGGCAGAGCUUACCAAGAGGAUGCAGGAAAUCACCGGGAUCACUCAAGAUCAGGCGAUUCCGAGGAAAAGUGCUCUGUGGUGGGCUGAACUUGAAAUCAUUACAGCUUAGGGAGUCAAUUGUGCUGACUUGCAGCAACUCUGCAAUUCUGAUCGUUUGCUAGGAGAAAUGGAGAAGAUUGUACAGUUUAGCGCUUUUAGGCAGGGCAAUAGUUGUACAGAUAUGCCUGGUUACACCAUUCUUUUUUGUUUUUAUUACCAAGCAUUCUUUCAUUCUUUGAUCUAUGAAAAGCAAAUAAAAUUCAGAGAGCCUGCAAAGUACAAGGAUAUGCCAUUUCUGGUAUCAUCAAAUAUGAGUGAAGUGAACCCAUGUGUAUGUGUUCUCAGCA